ACUGUCCCAGGCGCAGCGUUGACGUGUUAGUGGUGCGCUGAUUAAUUAGUUGUAUGGAUUCAUUCGAAGAGGAGUUGGUGGCUGCGUUAAGAGAUGUCGUUGAGAGUGGAAGCUGGCAGUGUGUAGGAGACAAAGCUGACUUUGUUUCACCAUGUACAAAGCUGUUCUCUGACGACGGGGAGCACGUCGUCCUGGUCCACACUGAGGAUGACACGUACUGGGCGAUGGACUCCGCCUGUCCGCACCAAGGUGGUCCUCUAGAGCUGGGGGACAUUGAGGAUCUGGGAAAUGGAAAGGUACUUGUCUGUCCAUGGCAUCACUUUGAUUUCAGUCUGGAAACUGGGACGUCCUCCACUGGCCUUCAGAACCGUGUGUAUGAUGUCAGAACUGUCCAGGGUAAAGUUUAUGUCAACACACAAAAUGAACUGUCACUGACACCUAUACUACCUGUGACAAAUGAUGUCACAACAACAUGCGCAGCAGGCACAUUAAGUCCAGAUGACACCAGUUCAUCCCCCUCUGAAGACACGCUGUGUUUCUGGGCUACCAAGAUACUCUGUACUGCAGACCCAGACGAGAAGGUUAAUUUGACAUUAGAAGUUCAAGAAAGGUGGAAUUCGGGAGAAAUAACAGACGUAGGUCAGGCCAUUCCUCCUCACCAGCCCAGCAGGAAGGAGAACCUAACAGUUCUUGAACCAGGGAAAAUCAAACGUGGCAAAGGAGGCACACAGGCUAGCCGGAUAGCCUUACUCCAUUCUUUAGCUAACAUAGAGCAGUGGGCUAUUGACUUGUCCUGGGAUGUGAUCUCCAGAUUCUCAACUGUCCAACUGCACACUGGGAAUCCUCUGCCUCGCCAGUUCUUCAGUGAUUUUGUUAAAGUAGCUGGAGAUGAAGCUAAGCAUUAUCACUUGUUAGAGAAACGGAUAACAGACCUUGGGAGCUUCUUUGGAGCUCUUCCUGUACACAAUGGCUUAUGGCAGUCUGCAGCGGACACAUCCCAUGACCUGUUGGCAAGGCUCGCCAUCGUGCACAUGGUUCAUGAAGCAAGGGGACUGGAUGUCCAUCCUCAGACUCUGUCCCGUUUUGCUGUGCAGGGUGACCAAGCCUCCGUGGACAUUCUGGAGGUUAUCUACAGAGAUGAGAUCACACACGUGGCAGCAGGGCUGCGCUGGUUCACAUACGUCUGCUCAGAAGGAGGACGGGAUUGCCUGUCGACGUUCCAUGACUUGGUAAAACAAUACUUCAAAGGGUAUCUGAAGCCACCCUUUAACACGGAGGGGAGAACAACAGCAGGGAUGACGGAGGAGUGGUAUGUUCCGCUUAUCAAGCCAUCCAGUUGACAAUGGCCUCAAGAGGUUCCUCAGGAAAUAUUGAGACAGAAGAAACUUACUCAUGCACCUACACAACAUAGCAUCACAUGAAGGGAAGGAGUAACGACUCCAGUCU